AGUUUAUACUACCUUUCUGUAACAUUUUUCAAAUAAAAUGAAUUUCAAUUAAAAUGUUUUCAAGAAAUUUUUCAAUGCAAUGGCUAUUAAUUAUCAUUCUAUUGACUGUAAUUUUAUUUUUUAAAAUAGAAUUAGGAACAGUAAAAAAUGAAAAUAAAAUUUUAUUUAACAAACUUACGGAAGUCGAAAAUUAUACAAAAAAUAUGCGAGAAUUCAAGAGUAAUACCGGAUCAGAAAAAUUUGAAGAUAUAACAAUAAUAUAUAACAGAGUUCCAAAGACAGGAUCUACUAGUUUUGUUGGGGUCGUAUAUGAUUUGUGUAAAAAAAAUAAAUUCCAUACACUACAUAUCAAUAUUACCAAUAAUAUGCAUACUCUCACGCUCUAUAACCAAAUUAAGUUCAUCACAAAUGUUACUCAAUGGAAUGUAAUAAAGCCUGCUUUUUAUCAUGGACAUAUAGCUUUUCUAAAUUUCAAUAAGUUUGGAGUGAAACGAAUGCCUCUAUACCUCAAUUUAUUGAGAAAACCACUUGAUAGGUUUGUUUCUUAUUAUUAUUUCCUUCGUUAUGGAGAUAAUUUCCGUCCUCAUCUAAUAAGAAAAAAAUAUGGUGACACAAAGACUUUUGAUGAAUGUGUUAAAGCUAGUCAAGCUGACUGUGAUCCGAAUAAUAUGUGGUUACAAAUACCUUUUUUAUGUGGUCAUGAUCCCGGUUGUUGGGAAGUUGGUAAUCGCUGGGCUCUAGCAGAGGCGAAACGAAAUUUAGUGAACAAUUACUUUCUUGUUGGAGUUACUGAAGAACUAGAUGAAUUUAUUCACACUUUACAAAUUGUGCUUCCAAGUUUUUUUCGAGGAGCACAUGAUAUGUUUUCUCACAGUGACAAGUCUCAUCUGCGUCAAACUAUUCAAAAGAUAGAUCCCCUUCCAGAAACGGUGAAGAAAAUUCAAAACUCAACUGUUUGGAAGAUGGAAGAUGAAUUAUAUAAUUUCGCUCUUUCUUAUUUUCAUUCUGUAAAGAAGCGUCUCUUAAAUGCUUCUUCGCAAGAUUUAAAUCAACAUUUUAUGUAUGAAAAAAUACGACCCAAAUGAAUGAAUGAAUCUCGAAAUAGCCUUAGUGCAAACAUAUGUACAGGAUAUAAACCUUCAGGUAAACGGAGUUGUUCUUGUUCUUUGAUGCACACCAAAUUUGCAGCAUCAAAUACUGUUUUAAGCUUAUCAUAUGGCCUAGUGAAUGAAGAAUCUUGA